AGCAGCCACAGUGCCCUGCUCAGAAGCCUGGGGCUCGUCAGUCAAGCCGGCUGUCGGCUCGCACUCGGCAGCCUGGGUGGGCGCGUGGGCCCUCGUUGCGGGAGCCGAGCAGCAGUGCCCCAGCCCUGGGUCUCCGGUGCCGAGCCCCUGCAGCCCGCCCAGCACCAGCAUGGCCACCAUCACCUGCACCCGCUUCACAGAGGAGUACCAGCUCUUUGAGGAACUGGGAAAGGGAGCCUUCUCGGUGGUGCGGCGCUGCGUGAAGGUACUGGCCGGCCAGGAGUAUGCUGCCAAGAUCAUCAACACCAAGAAGCUGUCAGCCCGAGAUCAUCAAAAGCUGGAGCGUGAGGCCCGCAUCUGCCGCCUGCUGAAGCACCCCAAUAUCGUCCGGCUUCAUGACAGUAUCUCCGAGGAAGGACACCACUACCUGAUCUUCGACCUGGUCACCGGCGGGGAGCUGUUUGAGGACAUUGUGGCCCGGGAGUAUUACAGUGAGGCUGAUGCCAGCCACUGUAUCCAGCAGAUCCUGGAGGCCGUGCUGCACUGCCACCAGAUGGGGGUGGUCCACCGGGACCUGAAGCCGGAGAAUCUGCUGCUGGCUUCCAAGCUCAAGGGCGCCGCUGUGAAGCUGGCGGACUUUGGCCUGGCCAUCGAGGUGGAGGGGGAGCAGCAGGCAUGGUUCGGGUUCGCAGGGACACCCGGAUACCUUUCCCCGGAAGUGCUUCGCAAGGACCCGUAUGGCAAGCCCGUGGACCUGUGGGCCUGCGGGGUGAUCCUAUACAUUCUGCUUGUUGGGUACCCCCCGUUCUGGGACGAGGACCAGCACCGCCUCUACCAGCAGAUCAAAGCCGGCGCCUAUGAUUUCCCGUCCCCAGAAUGGGACACUGUUACCCCGGAAGCCAAGGACCUGAUCAACAAGAUGCUGACCAUCAACCCCUCCAAACGCAUCACAGCCGCCGAGGCCCUCAAGCACCCCUGGAUUUCUCACCGCUCCACCGUGGCCUCCUGCAUGCACAGACAGGAGACCGUGGACUGCCUGAAGAAGUUCAACGCCAGGAGGAAACUGAAGGGGGCCAUCCUCACCACCAUGCUGGCCACCAGGAACUUCUCCGGGGGCAAGAGCGGAGGGAACAAGAAGAACGAUGGUGUGAAGAAAAGAAAGUCCAGUUCCAGCGUUCAGUUAAUGGAGUCUUCGGAGAGCACCAACACCACCAUCGAGGAUGAAGACACCAAAGUGCGGAAGCAGGAAAUCAUUAAAGUGACAGAGCAACUGAUCGAAGCCAUAAGCAAUGGAGACUUUGAGUCCUACACGAAGAUGUGUGACCCCGGAAUGACGGCUUUCGAACCCGAGGCUCUGGGGAACCUGGUGGAGGGCCUGGACUUCCAUCGAUUCUACUUUGAGAACCUGUGGUCUCGGAACAGCAAACCGGUGCACACCACCAUCCUGAACCCCCACAUCCACCUGAUGGGCGACGAGUCGGCCUGCAUCGCCUACAUCCGCAUCACGCAGUACCUGGACGCGGGCGGCAUCCCCCGCACCGCCCAGUCGGAGGAGACCCGCGUGUGGCACCGCCGGGACGGCAAGUGGCAGAUCGUUCACUUCCACAGAUCAGGGGCGCCCUCCGUGCUGCCUCAUUGAGGCGCCGGCCGGGUUGCAGGGCUGCAGAGAUCCGUGCAGAGACUGCUGGCUUCUCCCGCUUGGAUCGUGCUGGAAUCCCCCUCCCACUCCCCACUCCUCCCCACCGCCCCGUCCACCCAGGAAACUGCCUGCUGGCGGAUCAGUCACGACUUCGGAGCCGCGGGCCAGCUCUUCCCCACCUCCCCCUCCCCCCCCCCAUCUCCCACUCGCUUCCCUCUGCCAGGGCGGGCCUCCCUGUGCUGCGCCCCCAGGAGCCCCCCUCCCCCCCUCGCCUUGAGCUGGGAGACGAAGGGGCCGUCUGCCCGUCCCCUCUCGCUGGGGACUCCUCUUGCGGGUUCCCCCCGGACCACCCGCGGGUGACUCCCUGCUCCCGUGGGAGAACGCAGACCCACACGCCUGCCUGCGGGCAGCCGUGCCCCACUCUAAGCAGUCCUGCCCACCUGGGGGUCCCGCCGACCCUUCCCCCGCGGUGUGGGGGCGCAGCAUCUCAGGGUGCCCCCAUGUCCCCCCUUCCUCCCCGCCUGGCCCUCGCACCCCUCUGACCCUCCCUGCCCACCCGACCCUGCCCUGCCCCGGGGAAUUCCAACGUCAUCCAAGGGAGAGAGCCCGCCCGUGCUCUGGGCGCCAAGGAACGCCAUGGAGUCCCCCUGCCACUGGCACGCAUGCCUUUUUUCUAGCCAAACUUCUGUGUGUUUCGUAAACGGGUUUCGCGUUCCUGGGUUUGUGUCAUCGCUUGACCUCUCACUCCCGUGUGGGGCUGGGCUGGGACGGGGUGGGAGACGGUGCGGGUAGGGGGUUGUUCUCGGUCUUCCGUCCCUGUCCCUGUCACCUGACAGGGCCUCGGCUCCCCGACCCUCGGGGGCGGGGGGGACAGGCCCCCCUGACCUCAGGGUUUGCUGGAGAGCCGCUGGCACCGGUUGGGGGGGGUGCGUCGGGGGGCGGCUGUUCUUUCCCACGCCAGCCUUGCAAACUAGGGUCCUCCCCGCCACGCCCCCUGGGACACCGUCCCCUCGUCCACACCCUGAGCUGUGGUGCAGGGGGGGCGGGGGUACUAGCCCGUGUCCCCAGCACCGCUCCUCAGGCACCUGUGGGCUGCACACAGCACCAGGCAGGCGGGCAGGGCCCCCCUCUGCGCCGCCCCCCCUGCUCAGGCCGCCCAGCGCUGACCCCAUCCCUCUCCCUGCCCGGGACUGACUGGGAUGUGAAUGCCUUGGCAAACCCUCUAGGAGCUCCUCUCUGCACCGUUUUCUUUGCAUGACUUUUUAUGCAGUAUGUAUGUUGAACAAAAAAAAAAAAGAAGAAGAAAAACACUCAGCAAAACCAACCUACGUGUUUUCAGCAGCAGCCGCCGCCGCGUGAGAGGCUGUUCGCUCAGUGUCCAGCUCCCCCCGCCCCGGCCCGCCCGCUGCCACUUCCUGUGCUUCUGGCCUCCGUGUGGCCCCGUGUGCCAGCAUGAGGUGCCCUUCCUGCAGGAAGGCUCGGGGGGGAGUGACAGUCACGUCCCCGGGGGUUCCUAGGAGGCCCCGGGCCCCCCAGAUGGCUGUGUGCUGGGUGUUGGGAGCCGCCCGGCAGGGGGCUUCCCGGGCCCCCUCAGGAGCUGCGUGCUGAGCCCUGAGCUCCGCGGCUCUGGGGGCCCGGGCCGAGGCUGCCCACGCCUCCCGGGCCCAAAGCGGCCUCCGGUGGCCUUGCCUGGGACGCGCUGCCACUUGCGCCAGGAAGGCCCAGGGACCCCGCGUCCCGGCAGCCAUGCUGCGGCCUCCCUGUCCAGCGCCCGACCCUGUAGUGCUCCCCGAGCAAAGGGGCAGGCACGGCCGUCGCCACAGCCAGCCCCCAGCCCACCCGGCCUCGGCUGCUCCUGCCCAGCUGUGUCGCAGGACCCGAGGGUUCGGAGAGAGGCAGGCUGACCGCCGUGCGAGCUGAGAUGGCUGUCGCUGGACUAGCCACUGCAGCAGCCCUGUCCCUCCCGGGGCCUGGCCAGCCCCGGCCAUCACCCACCCCCACUCCCACCCCCGCCCCUCAUUUCCCCUCGUGGUGCCUGUCAGCUGCGUCUCAGCAGCGACUGGGGGAAAGAGCGUGGCUGGGGGGUCAGCAGGACUCCAUGUCCGGCUCUCAGAGGACCUGCUGUGUGACCCUGGGCAAGUCCCUCUUUGCCUCUGGCUCUCUGUUUCCUGACCAGAGGAAACGGAACUGGAGGCCCCGCAGACCUGCCUCGUGCCCACCCGCCCCGCCAGGCCCCUCUCCCAGCUCGGGAGGGGGCCACGCCUGGGGGCGGCACUCAGGGGAGUGGCCCACAGGCACUGGGCAGAGCCGAGGCAGCCAGCAGAGGUCCAGAUGGGCAAACUCGACCCCCGUCCCCAACACCCACCGGAAACACACGAAACGAUCCAGCCCUGAGACGAAAGCCCGACCCCGGCACACCAACCCAAGGACAGGAAAGUGUCCGUGGGGCUCUGUGCCACCACCGCCCAAGUCCCGUGGCCCGUGGCCUCCUGACUCCCUCCGAGGAGGGGGACCUUUGGGGGGGGGAGAUGUGUGUGCCAGACGCUCCAUGCUGGUUCUCUGUUACUAUUCCCUUGGGAUUUUGUUUCAGUUUCCCCCCACCACCCCCCUUUUUAAAAACUCUGUGGCUGUGAAUUUGAAUGAUCACUGCUCAAACUUUCUGCUACUGCGGGGAGGGGAGGGGGUGUCUAUUUUAUUCUUGGUGUUUUCAGUGCAAUAAAUAGCUACAAACUUC